UAAUAAGGAAAGAUGGAGACUCUCUCGCCAUUAGAAUUAAAGGAUUUUGUAGAGGAGAGAAAACCGUCCUUACUAGAGAAGGAGAAAAGAACCCUUCAAUGCUGCUCUACUUCACCAAAAUCAAUCGCCUACAAGAACUUAUUAGGCGUUUCUAUAUCCUACUGGAUCAUAUUCGGGGCCUAUUUGGCUGUAAUUGGACUACAGAGCAGCCUAAACGAAGAAAUAGGACUAGCAUCUUUGAGUAUACUCUAUGCUACCUUUCUAUUAUCAGGACUCUACACGUCAGCCGUGUUACAAAUAUUUGGUACUAAGAUAACUUUGGUAGCAUGCUACAUAGUAAUGUUACUGUACACUCUAUCAAAUUAUUAUCCUAACUGGUACACACUGAUCACAGGAUCUGUUCUAUUUGGAUUAGCAUUUGGACCAAUUUGGGCAUCUCUAAGCAUACAUGUAGCAACUGUAGCGAGGCAAUAUGCAAGCUCGAUUAACAAAAAUCCGGCUCACUUCAUUUCUCUGUUCAUAGGAAUAAACACAAUGUUCUAUAAGCUUGGUUAUGUACCAGCCAACAUUGCUUCCUCUGCUAUAUUACUGCUAAGAAGCAGUAGAAGUGAUGAUGGUUAUACUGAUAACAGCACCAAUGGGAUUUGUAAUAACACCGAUGCAAGCGAUAUCAGUGAUGAAUCUCUUUAUAUCAUUUUAUCUGUUGAUGUCUUUUUUGAUCUACUGGCUAUUUUGAUUCUUAUUGUCUUUGUCGAUCAUCUUGGUGCUACGGCUAGGCUUGAUUCAGUCGGUAAAACUCUAUCUUUAUACGUCAAGAAACCUUUCCUGGCAACGUUGAAGAUGUUCACAGAGUGGAAGAUGCUGUUGGUGUUGCCAAUGAUGACCUUUGAUGGCUUUGUGAUAUCAUUUGCACUAGGAUCAUUUGCAAGAUUUUAUGUGUCCGACUGUAUUGGUGUUCAGUGGGUUGGACUAACACAAAUGGCCUUUGGUGUAUUCAGUGCUCUAUCUGCCGUUAUUAAUGGUCGUCUUGUCAAGAUUGUUCCUCAGUAUGUGAUGUUGUAUAGCACAAUAUUACUUAAUAUAGGACUCAUUGUGUUUUUCUUAUUUUGGGAGAGAGUGCCCAGUUUACCGGCAGUUUUUCUGGGAAUGAUUGUAUGGGGAACGUGUGAUGGAAUCUGGAACUCUGUACCUCCAAGUCUAACUGGUUCAUUGUUUCCUCAUAAACAGGAAGCUGCCUUCAGUGCACUGAGAAUGGGGCUUGGUGUUGGUUUUAUCAUUGGGUUUGUGUCAGCUUUGUUCCUAAACAUUGAAGUUCAGUAUUACAUUGGGAUAGCAUUUUUAUUACUCAUCAUAAUCACUGCAUCAAUUCUGUUCUUCACUACUCAGACAAAAGAGCAACUGUGCCCAUGUUGUGUAUCAAAAUAAUUCAACUUAUCAUUACAGUUUUAAUCAGGUUUUAUCAUAAUUAUUAUUAAGUUAUUUAUUAUAAUUUUGCAUUUGCAUCAGU